UCAAAAUUGACAAAAAAUAUGUGUUAAUCUGUGCUUUGUGUAUAAUAUUUAAAGUUUAUUUAAUUAUGGGAAAAUUUUUAGCAGUAUCAUCGGCAUAUUUGUUAAUAUGCAGCGGAUACCAAAUUUUUAGAGUACCUUUCGAUCCAUUAAUACAAUAUUUGAUUCCCUUUUAUAUAUUUUUAACUGCAGUGUUUCUGCUUCUUUACGACCUAAGGUUGUAUCCAAAACCAUUAAGAAAACUGGAUAAAUUAAGUCAGACAGCUGUAGAGUUUUUAGUGGCUGUAUUUUUAAUGGAAAACAUAAUUUUAGACUUCUGGAUUCCUUUACAAGAUGGGACAGCAUCUGUAACGUAUACAUUAGCAGAAAAACUUGACGAGAUAAAUUACUAUGAAUUUUAUCCAUUAAGAAUAAUUACCGAAAUCCUUGAAACUUCAAUAUUUAAUACAUGUGUGAUUUAUAUCCUCAGUAUAUUCUUUUUGCUUUCUUGCCUACAUGCGAUAAGGGCUGUCGACUUUAGGGCCUUGGACGAAGGGCCUUCUUGCUUCUUUAGUGACAUUGUGUACAGAUCAAAACGAUUUAUGAAAAAGAAAUUUAAAACUUUGGGACUUCAGCGAAAAAAACGGGUUAAAAUACUAGAAACAGAAGAUAUGGUAAAGAAGCGUAAGAAGUCUGAAAAAGAUGUUUGUAAUUGUAAUCUGAUUGACAAUGAUAUUAAGUUAGAUAACCUGUCUGUGCAAGAUUAUGGCUUAGACGAUUUGGAUGACCUAUCUUUUAAAUUUAGUGAUUUCGAUAUACCUAGCGAAACUGAACUUUUAAGUGGGCCAUUGUAAAUUUCUAAUAAUAAACGUCUAUUUGAUUUGACAAAUAAAAAUAUUUGUACUAAAUAUUUUCUGUAAGAAAAAUAAAGUGAGAUCAUUUUAACGGCA